AUGGGUUUUCAGAGCGCGACCCUCGCCGCAUCCAACGCUACUCCUCUCGUGUGCCGAGCUGGCAACUCGAGCCGCCAGCUCAAGCCAGAACACGGCUGCACCAGCAGCUACAUCCAGGUCCCCCACCGCGUCGCAUCCUCCCCUUCAUAUCUCCGUGCACCGUCGUAUUCCUCGCGGGUCCGCAGGCAAAUCUCGGCUUUUCCGCUGCGGGUUGCUGCGGAAUCUUCCCCCGCAGAUACUGCCACUGGCAAGCCUGGCGGCUCUAAACCCGACAGUUCCAAGCCUAGAGAUGUGAUUCCCGCCGCUGCUGCUGCUGACGGUCCGGCGGUUGUAGCGGGAGCUACAGCCGUGCUGGAGGCGCCUGCGGUGCUACAGCCGUCGACGGCGGCCGGCAGCGACCCAGAUGCGGCCCGGCUGGUACCCCGUGUGGAAGAGCGCAACGGGUAUUGGGUCCUAAAGGAGGAGUAUAGAACGAGUCUUAAUCCCGCGGAGAAGAUUAAGAUUGCCAAGGAACCGAUGACGCUGAUCGCGGAAGGGGCUAAGGCGCUUCGGGAGCUGGCUCUAAAGACCAUGGCGGAGGUGGAUGGGAGUAAGGAGACGAAGGAUGACAUCGACUCGCGGUUCAAGUGGCUGGGGCUGUUUCAUCGCCGCAAGCAGCAAUACGGUCGCUUCAUGAUGCGCCUGCGGCUGCCCAAUGGCAUCAUUACUAGCGAGCAGACGCGGUUCCUCGCUGACGUCAUCAGCCGUUACGGCGACGAGGGCGUGGCGGACAUCACGACGCGGCAGAACUGGCAGAUCCGCGGAGUGACGCUUCAGGACACGCCGGACAUCAUUGAGGGGUUGAACAAGGUCAAUCUGAGGUUCAUCCAGAGCGGAAUGGAUAAUGCGCGCAACGUGGUGGGCAACCCACUGGCGGGGAUCGACCCCCUCGAGAUCAUUGACACGCGCCCCUUCUGCCAGGCCAUCGAUGACGUCAUCACGGGGCACGGGGAGGGCAACACUGCUUUGUCGAACCUCCCGCGCAAGUGGAACGCCAGUGUGGUGGGUUCACACGACCUCUUCGAGCAUCCCCACAUCAACGAUCUUGCCUUCAUGCCCGCCCUCCGCCGAACCUCGGACGGAGGCUCGGAGGGCGAGAUGGGGUUUGAGAUGCAUGUGGGAGGGUUCUUCAGCAGCAAACGGUGCGAGGAGGCGAUCCCGAUGGACGCGUGGGUGCCAGCUCAGCCUGCUGACGUGGCGGCUGCCAGCAGGGCAGUGCUGGAGGCGUUCCGGGACCUUGGGAGCCGCAGCAACCGGCAGAAGACGAGGAUGAUGUACCUUAUAGAAGAUCUGGGCAUGGAGGUGUUCCGAGCUGAGAAGCAGCCUGGUUUGGUCUAUGUGGGUCUGCAUGUGCCUGUGGGCCGGGUUCACCCGCCGACCCUGCACGAGCUCGCACGACUGGCCGAGGAGUACGGCUCGGGGGAGGUUCGGCUGACUGUGGAACAGAACGUGAUUAUACCGAACGUGCCUGAGGGGAGGGUGGCGGAUCUGCUGAAAGAACCGCUAUUGGUCGGUGGGAGUGGAGAGGUGGCAACGGGGGGAGAGAAAGGGGAGGGAGAGGCGGGGGCGGAGGAUGGGAAGGGGGAAGCGGGGAAGGGGGAUGGGUGGGAUGGGUUGAGUGCACAGCCGGGGAAUCUGAUGGGGUCACUGGUGGCGUGCACUGGUAACCAGUUCUGCGGGCAGGCCAUCAUUGAAACCAAGCAGAGGGCGCUGCAGGUCACGCGGCAGCUGGAAGAGACUUUGAAUCUGCCCGAGCCAGUGAGGAUCCACUGGACUGGCUGCCCAAACUCUUGUGGGCAGGUGCAAGUGGCAGACAUCGGCCUAAUGGGAUGCAUGGCAAGAGACGAAAACAAGAAGCCCGUGGAAGGAGUCGACAUCUACCUGGGCGGCAGAAUCGGAACUGAUUCUCACCUGGGGCAGGUGCACAAGGCAGGUGUACCCUCCCAUAAGUUUCAGGUGACCAACCAGAUUCACAUGGAGCCAAAACCUGAUCCGACAUGCGUCUCGUGCCCCCUCACGAGCGCCACCGCGAACGAGAAACCCGACCCGAGCAGCAAGAAGGACGACGGGCUCAUGACCGAACUCCCCGCGGACAUCGCGAAGCAGGCCGCGUCGGGCAACGCGGCGGGAGUCACCUACGUGGAUACCGCGCAGGAUUCGUUCUUCAUGGCUGAUGUGAAGAAGGCCGGAUGGAACGCGCAGAAAUGCCCGCCUGGUUUGAACAAGGAGCUCGCGGGAGCAUGCACGCCAAAAAAUUGCUCCAAGGGAGGUAUCCCCGCUAAGUGGAAAACCGCUUAUCUGCAAAAGAACAAGCUCGGUUACGAGCUGUACGUGCCGGGUAACCCGCUGACGCUGCUCAAGGCGAACCCCGCGUCGUGCUGUAACACCUGCGCCGCGACGCCGCUCUGCACGUACUGGCAGUACAUUCCCGAUAUUACCAUCGACGGGAAGAAGGGCAAGGGCGCGUGCUAUCUGAUCCACGACCAGAUUGAUUUCACAUGCGGAGAAAUGACCGCGCAGUAUUCGACUGAGACGAAGCCGGUGAAUCUGCAGGUGCGCAUUGGUGGAGAGUGCAACCCUAGCGCGAAGAUCCUCAACGACCCGCAUUUGGUGGGCGCGCACGGCACGCAUUUCGACUUCAACGGCCGCCCCGACAAGGCGUUCUGCCUGCUCACGGACCGCGAUCUGCACGUGAACAUGCUGCUGAGGGGAUACUAUGACGAGCGCACCGAUAACGCCGCGCUCGUUGUUGACGGGAAGGCAGUGCACACGUGGAUUAAGGAGCUCGGGAUCGUCUGGACCGCUCAGGGCGCGGACCACAAGGUUCGGCUCGCGGCGCGCGGCGGCAAGCAGCAGGAGCGCGGCGACGGGUUCAUGAAGAGCAUCGAGAUUGACGGCGAGGAGAUCCCGAGGAUGAAGGUUGGUGACACGGUGACGACCGACGGCGGUCUGACUGUUCAAUUCCGCGGGCUCGAGAAGGAAGGACCGUUCGAUGUGGAUUACUACAUGCUGACGAUUGACGGUCUGGUUUCGCUGGAUCUGCGCCUGCGCGUCGCGCACCCGAAGCUGCAGACCCCGACCGACGCCGAGGCGCACAUCAACGUCGGGAUUGCCGAGCUGGAGCACACAGAGGAGAUUCACGGUGUGUUGGGGCAGACGUACCGCGCGGAUCACUCGCAGCGCGCUGCGGAUUUCCAGCGUUUGAUCGCGAGCCUGCACCGUCCGAUUUCGGCUGACGGCGCAGAGGGGAAGGGGUUCUUGGAUGGCACACCCAGGUCGUACGAGGCGAGUGAUGUGCUCGCUGUGGACUGCGCUCAUACCGCGUAUGGCCGCGCCAGGAAGGUUAUGCCCGUGCAACAGUUCCCGUAG